GAUCCCUCACUCGCUCUCUCUUGCUCUGUGUCUCUCAUGAAUAAAUAAAAUCUUUAAAAAAUAAUAAAAAUAAAAACACAGGGACAUGGACCACUAAGCCACACCUCAUGUGUGACUCUUGAUCUUGCGGCCAUGGGUUCAAGCCUCAUGUUAGGUUUAGAGAUUACUAAAAACAAAUCAACUUCAACACAUACACAUACACACACAAUAACUAUGCUGUAGGGAGACCCUUGGGUUCCACCCAGGGGGACUUCAUGAGAACCAGCCACAGCUGUUUUAACAGACCCUACAAAAGCAGAUGAGAAGGAAGAGAUUACGCCCCAACAGAGAUGAUCUUUCCCCUUAAGUAGGAACACCCCAGCCUCAGACAUGGCAGGAAAGGCUCUGAGAGGCUGAAAAACAAGGUAGGAUGGGCACAGGAGGGAAGGGGAGGACCCAGCCCUGCACGCCACUGGGCGUGGCUCCACUCUUCCCACUCCAGAGCCAUGGGGAGCCAGGGUCCCAAUGGGCUGCCCCUCGUCUGUGCUCCCUACACAGUUAUGCUGCUGCCACUCAGGACAAGCCGCCAGGACCCAGGGGCCCGGAGCUUCUUCCUCUGGGUGCUCAGUGGUUAGUCUGGGCUCACACUCAGUGACCAGUGAACCCAACCAAGAGUUGAGAGGAAGUGCCACGGCCCAGAGCCCUGCUGUGGAGCAAGUCAGCCUCUGCUUCUUGCCUUCCCAGCUGCAGAGGAUGCAGGCUCUGGAGAGGGAGCAGGAUGCCCUGUGGCAGGGGCUGGAGCUGCUGGAGCAUGGCCAGGCCUGGUUUGAGGGCCGUUUGAGGGAGGCACAGCAACAGCAGCUGCAUCUAGGGGCUCUUGGUGAGAAUUUCCUAGCAGAUUUACAUUCAGAGCCUCAUGGCCCCCAGUUAGCCCAGAUUCAAAAGAUGACCAUGUGUUUGCGGAGUCUGGUUCAGGAGAAGUUCUCCUCACAUCCCUUAAAUAAGGCUGAUUUCCAUGCUGCCCAGGGCUGGAAGGGAAGGCCAAGGAAGCAGAACCUCUGGCAGCAACAGGUAGGCUGUAGGGGGUGGCAGGAGGGCGGAGCCUGGCCCCCUAGUGGAGCGGGGAGCACAGAUGCCCACGGUUUCUCUCCUCUUCUCCAGGAGCUGUCCAGGCAGAAGGCAGGCAUUCAGCCAAAAGGGGAGACCGUCCAGCUUGGCUGCCCCAAGAUGCGGGGGGGCCCAACCCGUGUGUAAAGGUUCCUCUGGGUUUCCUCAUUUGGUGAGGUGGUGGUGGUGGUGGGAGGCCUGGGCCCGAGCCCCCAGUCUCCUUAUUCUGCCUCUUGACCUAACAGAUAAAUGGCUCCAGGUGAUGGGCCAACUGAAGUCCAAACAUCUUGGUAUAAAGUUUCUUCUCAGCAACUGAAAACUUCCAUUUCAUCUUUCCUCUCCCUGAUAGGUUGAUCUCCCUGAUAUGUCCCCAUAUCCAUAAAUGAUCUCUCUUUGGAAUCUCUCUCUAGGGCAGAUAUGUUUACUGAAACUGUCCUUCAAAUUUAAAUACAAAAAUAAAAUAGGAGCUUCUUCAGAAUUUCAAAUAAGAACAAUUCUAUACAUAAACCCCACUCCCAACUUUAGUUUCCUCCCCAUACAUCUUUCCUUUUCCUGAGCUUGGGAAAGCAUGAAUAAAUAAUGGAGUAAAGAGAUGCGGGAUCCCUGGGUGGCACAGCGGUUUAGCGCCUGCCUUUGGCCCAGGGUGCGAUCCUGGAGACCCGGGAUCGAAUCCCACGUCGGGCUCCCGGUGCAUGGAGCCUGCUUCUCCCUCUG